UUGGCUAAUGCUAAGAGUCAUCCUCUAAUACGGAAUGAGAAGAUGAAUUGAAAUUACAGUGUGUUUAUUUAUUUUAAAAGAAAAAAACUUACAGCAAGCUAAUAUAUAUUUUAUCACCAUGGCCCGGCUGGUUAUUUGGUAACUUUUACGUUUAAAAGACCGCAGCGACUUUACAUCUCUCGGCUAACCACCUGUUGAUUAGCUACCAUCGUUGUUUACGUUUAGCGUGCUGACAUGCAGUCAUGCAUCGUUUGUUCUUGAAAGUGUUCAACAAGUACCGCUAUGGACACAUUUUUUGUAUUUGUGUAUUCAACAUUGAUAUCACUGAUUGGAGCAGUCGACCGCUUACCACUGUAAACGUUGUCGAUCACUGAGCUGGCUGCAUGUAACAUCGAGUAUGUCAUUGAAGAUGAUUUAACAGUCCGGACACCUAAUGAAUCUGCUUAGACGUGUGGGACAACAACUGGUCCAUUUUAGUUCAUGCCGUCCAUGAGAUGGAGUCCGUUUCUGCGAGGCGGAAGAUGGGCUAUGCACGCCAAGAAAAUGCCUGUUUGGCCAUGCAGGAUGUCCAACUCAUCAGUGACCUUGAUGCUACACCGUAUGAACUCCUAUCCUCCAGCUCUCAGGGACACCUGCGAGGCUCCAGGAUGGUGUCUGCAAACAAUCUGUCAGUCAUGAAUGAGCAGAUUUUUAAUCUUGAAACAGAGGUGGAGACUAAAGCCAAAGAACUAAAGGCAGCAGAGCUGAGGGCAAAGCGUUGCCAGGAGGAAGCGGCUCACAGUGACAUCAUGGUAACAACUUUGUCCGAGAAACUAAGCACUCUUAGAGAAGAGCUGGCCAGCAAGACUGCUCUGUGUAAACGGGCAGAGCAGCAAAGAAACCAAGCCCUCGAAAAUGCAGAGAAACUCAAAGCAGCUUUCAAAGAGUAUAAGGCCACCGUUGACAUUAAAUUUCAAAAGGUGAUGGAGAGUGAAAUAAAAUUAAAACAGAAUCUGAUUGAGUGUGUGCGAGAAAAAGAAAAGUUACAACUAAAGUGUACUGACCUGGAGAGAGACAAGGCCGAUCAGAGUCAUACAAUCAGCCAGCUAAAGGAGGAAGCGAGGCUGGCAAAGAAUUCAGCUGCUGAGCAUUCCGACCUCAAGGCCCAGCUGGAGGAUGCUGGACGGCGGAGCUCAGACCUUCGGAGGCAGCUGACGGACCGCAACGCAGAAUGCAGGGAGCUGGAUUCUCUGCGCAAGCAACUGGAAGACCUGCACACUCUGACCAAGAACCAGGAGCUGUGCCUGGCCCAAAGCCACAGAGCAGCUCAGCAGAGCCAAGGAGAGACCGCCAGCCUGGAGGCCAUAUUAUCCCUGCUGCAUCUCCGAGAGGAUGCUGUGGGACCAUUGUGUGUGAGGCCUUGCAUCCUGCCCCCUGUUGACUAUUCCAGAACUGCACAGAUGAUGAAGCUUCAACCUGGUGAAGGUUACCAGCAUCUGUUACAAGUUCUUCAGUUAAAGGAGGCCGAGCGGACUAAACAAAGCACCCAGGUCGAGAGGCUUCAGACCUGUGUGAACCGAGCCCAGGAGGAGAUUUCCUCUCUACAGGCCUCCUUGGCCCAAAGAGCUUCCCACUACCAGAACCUCCAGAUGGAACUGAUGGACAAAGGCAAUAGAACCACAGCCUCGGAGAAAGAACUAAAGAGGAAGAGCGCUCGAGUUGCUGCGCUUGAAAAACAGUUACAGGAGAAAACUUCAGCCUACAGUCAGGCUGCAAUGAAGAAUACGGAGUUGGAAAAGCAACUGCAGGAGAAGAGCUGCACACUUCAACACUACCAAACACUGAUGAGCAAAAAGCAAAGAGAGUACCAGCAAUCUUUGGAGAAGACUAAACAGUCACAAAGUCAGCAAUGCACCGAACAGCAGCACAGAAUUGACAUGCUACAGCUGUCUGUGAAGGAAGCUCACUCUCGGGUGUUGGAGAUGGAGCAGGAGCUGACUUCUCUCCAGAGAGAAAGGGAUGAGGCUCAGGCUCUGGCUUUAGAGCUCCGGACCUCCGUAGAACAGCUCACACAGGAGAAGCAGAUUGAAGCAAGACACAAUGAAGAGUUGCUCCAGGGAUUAAAAGAGCAGUCAGCUGAGUCUGCCACCAAGGAGAAUGAGCUCCAGUCAUCUCUGUCAGCCUGCCGAGAGGAGCUGACAUGGCAUCUUCAGCAGAUGGAGGAGAUGAAGAAAAGCUAUGAAUCUAAGCUGCAGAGAUCUAAAGAUGAGGUGUGUUCGCAGCAGGAAAAGCUUCAUGGUGUCACUCGGGUGGCUCAAAGCUCCAGUGAGCAAAACGUGCAGCUUCAGCUGUCUCUGCAGCAGCAGCGGACGAUGCUGACUGAUAGCUCGGCCCGAAUCGUUGAACUGGAGGACAGCCAAAGUCAUUGGCAGCAACAGGUAUCCACUCUGGAGCAUCAGCUGGAGCGAACCCGAGCAUCUCUGCAGGAUGAGGUGAGGACCAGACGGGAAGGCGAUGACGAGAAGGACAAGGGGCUACAUGACAUGAAGGAGAAGAACAUCAAACUGUCUGAGACGCUCAACAAAGUGUCAACAGAUGUGAAAAACUACCAAGUGGAGCUCAUGUCUAAAGAGUCAGAGCUGCAGAGUCUGCGGAAGGACGUCACCAUCAAGACAUCUCAGAUCAGCAUCAUGGACAAGAAUCUGCAGCAAACAAAGAGUCUGCUCGAAAACAAGAAUGACCUGGUGGUGGACCUGGAGGAGAAGCUCCAUCGCUGCGAGGCAGACAAGCACAACUGCGUCCAGAGGGUCCAGCUCCUGGACGGCCAGCUGCAGACCGUGCAAAAGGAGCUGGCCGAGACUCUGACGCAGCUCCAGUUGCUCAAUGACGUCCUGCAGAAGAUCCAAACCAUUGCCGACGAACGGCAAGUGGAGGUGGAAAAACUGAGCAUACGGCUUAGUGAGACCCAGAGGGAGUUGGAAGAGAGGACUCAUGAGGUUUUAGAUAUGGACAGUGCCCUGAAGGAAAGACAGGGGGAGCUCCAGCGGAGAGCAACACUGCUGGGCCAGCUGGAUGUGGCCAUCCGGGAGCACAAGCAGGAAAUGGAGAUCAAGGUGAAGGCACUGGAACGCAGUCUGGAGGCCAGAGAGGAAGAGCUGAGAGAUGUACAGAGGGAACUCGGGGAAACAAAGGACUCCCAUCAGCAUAGACUUCAGACCUUACUGCAGGAGCUUGAAAAAGCUCAGUGUCACUGUGACGCUCUCACGUCACAACUGGAUGCCAUCAAGCUGCAGGAGAAGGAGCAGGAUGUGAGGAUGCGCCAUGCAGAAGAAGAGCUGGCUCUGAAGGAGACACGCUGGCAGGAGUCCGAGGCCAGGUUGCAGAACAUUGUCGCUUGUCUUGAGCGGGAGCUGGAUCUGGAGCGGGAUCAACACAACAACGAGCUGGAGUCCCUGCAACAGACCCGAGGUCAGCUCCUCAAAGUGUCCUCGCACAUGUCAUCCUCGCAGGACAAGCUUGCCUCUAAACUCCAGCAGCAGGAGAUGCAGCUGGAACAAACUAAGGUGGAGCUGGACCUCACCAAAGCCCAAACCAGUCAUCUCCAGACCCAAUUAGAGCAGAGCCAGAACGGGCUCCUGCAGAGAGAGAGUCAACUGUCGAGGACUCGUAAUUUGUAUGAGAAAGUCAAGGCUCAGAACAGUCAGCUCCAAAUCCAGCUGGAGCAGCUUAGUGCUCAGUUGAAAGAAGCCAGGGUCCAAGCUGCUUGGCUCCAAACUCAGCUUGACUCCUCUCAGAGGUCCAUAGAGACCAACAGUGAGUCCCUGCUCAUCAAGGAGUCUGAGGUAACUCGUCUCCAAGCCAAAAUCUCCAGACUGGAGCGAGCAGCCGAACGUCAGAAUCCAGCUGUGUACAAUACCCUUAGCUCCCUGUCAUCUGCCCAUCCUUUGUUACACCCACAAGAGGACUCCUCAUCCCCUCACUGCCCUUCUUCCUCUCCCAAGAUGCGUCCAGCGAAUUCCAUCUCUCCACCACACACCCCCUGGACUUCCCUUCCCUGCCAAACCAAAACCUCCCCUCCAUCUGAUGCGGGCCUUCAGCUGCUGCUGCAGAGUUGCAGCAACGAUCUGUCCCUAGAGCUCCCUCCGAGCCUCAAGAGGACACUGAGGGAGGCGCUGAGUCAGCAGCCAUGGGAGUCGUCCUGCUCAGACACGAUAGACCCCAGCUGGCAGGGACUCAGCAGCACUGAGCCGUCGUCGAGCUGCGAGAUCUCCUUCGACCCCCUCACCUACAUGGGGGGCGAAACGAUCUCCAGCACGGAGCGAACCAUGAUGGAGGAGGAAGAUGACGAACGGGUAGGGCCGGACACCCCGGGCAACCACACGAGCUCAUUGGCAGGAAUGUUGCGGUUCGUCAAUCAGACUUUAGCCAAUCAGAAGGAUCCAUCCUUGUGGAGCUCCCCGGGGUCAUCGCAGAGUGGACAUAGCCUUCAGAUGGAUGCCAAGGAGGCAUGAAAAGCAUUGGAGAGAAGAAGUACUGUUUACAUCCUCGUCAACCCCAUCCUCAACAUGUCUUUCUGUUCCUUUUAAUGUAAGUUAUUCAGUCCAAGUGUUGUGUUGUUGUUUCUGGACACAAACUCAAAAGUGUUUUAUUGUACAAUUAAACAAGUUACCGCGUGUGAAUGAUGUUUAAAUAGAAUGUGUGUGCUUCAUGUCAAAUGUCUUUCUAAACUACAUUCAGAGUUUUCAUUUUUUUUAUACUUCAAUAAAUGUUCAUUUUUUUACUAGU